UGCCUGUUCCUGGAGGAGCACAUCCGGGAGGCGGGCGAGCAGGGGGAGGCGGCGCUCCGGGACGCCAAGGCCAAGCUGGCGGGGCUGGAGGAGGCCCUGCAGAGGAACAAGGAGCGCGUGGCCCAGCUGGUCAAGGAGCACCAGGAGCUCAUGAACAUCAAACUGGCCCUGGACGUGGAGAUCCUCACCUACAGGAAGCUCAUGGAAGGAGAGGAGAGCAGCCUGGAGCAGCCCAUCCCCGCCGUCAUCAGCGCCGUCCGCUCCCGGCCCAGGCCCCUCUCCGCCAGCGCCCGGUGCCAUUCCCGGCUUUUUGCCGGAGCGGGGCAGGGAAUUCCCGGCUCUUCACCCAAUGGAGGCGGCACAAAGACCCUCCGGGGGGCCCAGUGACCCCCCCUGGGGCCUCCUGGGCUCGGAUUCCACCUGGGAAGAUCCUCAAUGGGAACAGAGAAGCACCUGGAAACACCUGGAAAGCCCUUGGUCCCACAUUCCGGCCUCCUGAGGGAUGAGAAUCCUGCGGGUCCCUGUCCCCACCCCCACCCUGCUCCAGCAGAACCCACCCGGCACCUCCGGGAAUGUCCCGUUCCCAUUCCCGUUCCCA